AUGGCAGACGCGUCACGCAGAUCUUCCGGGUCCUCAUGGUGUGGCUGCUCCGGCAACAGGAGUGGACAGCAAGAAACACAGAGAGAGUCCUGCGACCGACGUGUUCUUGGUGUGAGUCCCAGGGCAGACGAAACGCCGUUAAACACUUUCUUUGCAAAGCCAAUCUCGGCAUCCGACAGAACUGUCAGUUCGGAUGACUGUGGCGAUGUGCUUAGGGGAGGUGCCACGACGUUAACAGCCGAACAACAGCUUGUGCAGCGAAAAAGCCAAGUGGAACUGAUGAUCGAAAACGAACGGUACCUGCGACACCAUGCUGAACUGCAAGAAAUGCUAGCACUGUUCAUGACGAAGGUUCUGGAGGACAAACCAAACAACAUCCUCAAGUUUGCUGGAGAGUUCUUCACUCAAGAUGGUCUCAAACAGCUCGUCGAAGCACAGGCGGAUGAAGAAGACACGUAUAGCGGCAUUGAUGAAAAACUGGAAGAAGUUUGA